UAUGAGAGUGAUUACUAAAAUGUAUAUCGGCAUCAAAACGCUGACAAUUAAAGAAAACCAAUAAUUAAUGCUUGCAAUAUAUACUUGUAGUUAGUUUUUGCUCAUUUAUAGUCUUCAUAUUGCAUUUUUCAACAGAAAAGUUAAAACUGUUGAGGAAAUACAGUUUCGAUUAGAACUGGUGUUGGAAGGUACUUGCUGCGUCUUUCACGGGGCGUGUGAGGAGCUAUGCAGAGCAAAUUGUUGGCAGCGAGUAGCGGAUGAUUGGGUUUGAUUUAUGCUUGUAAUCGACAAAAUAAUAGUGAUUUGAAGUUGAUCUGCUAAUUUCAGAACUAAAGUUAAUGAAUUCCUCAAGCUGUAUCAAACCACAACGAAUGUUUACAAAAUAUAGUUUGGGACAGCAGCUUUAUAAAUAUUCAAGGAAGUCAUUUGUGCUACAUUCAGCGGUAGGAAACAGAUGUCUGCAGUCAGAAAUGAGUGGAGAAGUGUUUGGCAAGCCUGUAGAACAUUCUAUCCACAAGAAGUUGGUGGAGACUUUCAACCCAGUUCAUCUUGAUAUCUUGAACGAAUCACAUAUGCAUAAUGUACCACCUGGAUCUGAAACACACUUCAAGGUUGUGGUUGUUUCUGAUAAGUUUAACAACCUGCCAUUAAUCAAGAGGCACAGAAUGGUAAAUGAUGCUCUGAGUUCGGACUUACAGAAUGGAGUUCAUGCUCUGUCUAUUGUGGCCAAGACACCAGAUCAGUGGGAGGAAAGUACAAAACAAGUGUCCCCAAGUCCAGCGUGCAGAGGUGGUUUUGGGAAAUGAGGCCCUUGUCAGUAGAAAAUCCUGUCGUCUUACCAAAUUAGUUCGCAACACAGAGCCUGCAUGAACCAGGAACCAUUGGUAGUAUUGCGCCAGGAGUAAAAACCUGUCAACAAAUCAAAAUAAUACAAGUGAAAGAAAAAUGUUAAUAUGAUACUGCCAUCUUUAAUGACAGCAUGGAAUGAACUAUGAGAAUGGAUCACUUGAAAAGGUGGAAAAUGUCGAAUUAUUACGAUGAUACCAGUUCAAGCAAUUAAAAUGGACAGCACACAGAACUUACAGAUCUUUUAAAUACCUGGUAUAGUAGAAUACACUAUCAGAAAAUCAGCAUGUGUGGGAAUCUUGUAUCCCAUGGCACCGCCGUCAACUUCAGUCCGUUUCUGUAACGUGAUGCCACCAUCCAGUUUAUCCCCUUGGCAAGCCUAGGAACCACAUAAGAACACAUGAAAGAAGAAUGGGUACUUGUGAGUUAUCGGGACACAUCGCUUUUUGUGUCCCGAUAACCGACAAGUACCGAAGGAUGUGAUGAUUUUUCUCUUUAGGAGCAGAAAAUGUUAUGGUUUAGUGUUUAUGCUGGCACCAACCCUUUAAGAAACAAGUCGAGUAUGACGUUAAAUUCGAAGAGGGACAAUUGUAUAAGAUUAACACAUUGUGACCGAGCCGUAAUCACUGGCGAUGGCUGUGAAUAUCAUGAAAUCAGAAGGAUGAUGGCCUCAUGAAUGACGAAGUAAGCUCUUAAUCUAUAACACGAGGUAUUACGCCAUAUACCUGAACAAUGUUUUGCUGUCAAUUAAAAAUGGUGCAGCAUUAUUAUAAAGGACCAUCUUCAAAUUAUUUGUUUAAUAAGAAAAUUAAGCGAAUUAAAGUUUAAUAAGAUUAAAAGCAA